AUAAAACAUAAACCCAAACAGUAUUGAAGAUAGUAACUCUAGAAAUAAACGUAUUCCUCUUUUUGCUUAUGUUAAUCUUUUAUUCAUCGAAAGUUGUUUGAAACUAUUUUUGACAAAUCCAUGGACUUCAUUCUUUUGAUAUGAAAAAUCUUGUUUGCCGGCCUUUAUUUGUUUUUCGUAACGUCUUGCAUUACUCAAGAACAUUAUUUACCACCAAGUUUCUAUAAACUUUUAAAAGCGUGGACAAGAAAAGGAGAAUUGAUUUAAAAGUAAAAAAUUGAAAAGAAAGAAAACGAGUCUCAAAUCAAGAGAAACCCGAAGCUGUUUAUUCCAAAUUAGCUACUACCCAGAGCGUGAACGAAGACAAAAUAUCUUGCAAAAACUCAUCAGCAACUUGAAUAUUUGCUAGCUGACAUAGUAAUUUAAGAGCAUAAGAUGCUGCGAAAACAACCAACUGCAAUUCAGAUCACUGCGGAAGAUGUGUUUGAGUAUGAUGAUGAAAAACUGAAAGAAAACCAUGACUUUAGCUCGCCUUCUCAUAAUCUAUCCCACAGACCAAAAGAUACGUCUGCAACUAUGCAAGAGAAGAAGAAUCUAUCGAAAGAGCGAAGAAUAGGAAUUGUACCUGGAGAGGAGCAAUACGCGCACCCUUAACCAAAAAACCACACUGUUAUCAUACAUGAAAUGAAACUAUUAAUAGUUACACUUUCUAUACAUUGUAGAGGUAUAUCUCACGAUUAUUAUGCUAUACUAUGCUAAGCUAUAACUGAUCGAGUUGAUUAAUAAAAGACUAAUCUGAAUCUGAAUCAAGAUGCUAAAAUAACCUUUAAAAAGGUGCAUCCAUAUUAUAUUCAUAUAAAGAUAGGAAACCCAAAAAAAGAGAAGAAACAAAA